CGCGGGCUUGUGGAUGGAUGGGCGAAGGGCGUAAGAAGCUAGCAGCUGCCUUUAUCUCUCAUUCCCACCUCAUUAGGUGUUUCUUCUUCUUCGUCUCUUCUAUAUUCCUCUCCCCUUUGCGCCAAAGGAACCCAUAAACAAAUACCAAGAGUAAAAGUUGGACGACAGAGGAGCUCUGGAUUCCUCUCUUCCCGUCCUGGGCGACGGUCCCUCUUAUGCCGCUCCCUUCUCAGGUUUUGCCAGACUUAGACCUAAACGGCUUUGUUCCCUUCGAUAAGGCAUGGAGCAAGUGCACAUCUGGUCUAAAUGCUACCAGUUUCGGGCUUUUACAUUCCAAGAAGUGCUCGACUGGCGGUUCCUUGUCCUUGGAGAUUUUCUUUUGGUUUCCUUUGUCAAUUGCACUUAGUGGAAGGACUCUCGUUAAUAAACAGUGCUGGAGGUGUGAUGCAAAGUUUUUCUGAAAUUGGUGUUGGAUCGCUAGUGCACUGGUUAAAUGAAUUGCUGACACAAAAGCAUAUACUGUUCCAAAGUUUUGCCAGCAAAUCAGCUGGAAUACAAGAAGAGUAACCGGGCCGAAGCCUUCAGGGGAACAAUCUUGAGCUGUCAAUUUAGUUCUCUUUAGAUUAAUUGUUGCCUCAAGUCUCCACAGAUCGUUUUUGUGCCUGUAGUCUCUCUUCUUAUUCCCGAUUCAUACUGUAAACUGUCAAGCCAGCAGCUCACUGAAGAAUUGCCAUAGGUUAUAGAUGAGGUAGCCCCUUCCUGUCGUUUAAAACCUGCCAUCAACCCUUCAUGUCAAGUCAAGCUAUCUGAGGUCUUAGUGUGUCGUAUAGUCUUAAUAUGGUCUCUAGCAUUUAUUUUUCUCUAUUGUUCAUGUCUUUCUCUCAAAAAGCUGUGGGUCCGUGUCAGUCCAUGAAUAAAGCAAGGUCUCCUCAGUCCCCCCUUUUGUUUUAGUCAGUCAAGUACUUCCCUGAAAUAUAGCAAAGGAUCCUUCGUGUCGGGAUAGCAAGAAUGGAGAGGUACAAGUUAAUCAAGGAAGUUGGUGAUGGAACGUUUGGAACUGUGUGGCGAGCAAUUAAUAGACACAACGGUGAAGUUGUUGCUAUUAAAAAGAUGAAGAAAAAGUAUUACACCUGGGAGGAAUGUGUAAAUCUCAGAGAAGUGAAGUCGCUGCGUAGGAUGAAUCAUCCCAAUAUCGUGAAGCUCAAGGAAGUUAUUCGAGAAAAUGACAUAUUGUUUUUUAUCUUUGAGUACAUGGAGUGCAAUCUUUACCAGCUAAUGAAGGACAGGGAAAAGUUGUUCUCUGAAGCUGAAAUAAGGAACUGGUGUUUCCAGGUAUUCCAGGCUCUUGUUUAUAUGCAUCAACGUGGGUACUUCCAUCGUGAUCUGAAGCCAGAAAAUUUGUUAGUUACAAAAGCUGUGAUCAAGGUUGCUGAUUUCGGUCUUGCACGAGAAAUCAAUUCACAACCACCAUACACUGAAUAUGUCUCAACACGAUGGUAUCGGGCCCCUGAGGUUCUGCUUCAGUCAUCUCUAUAUGGUUCUAAAGUUGAUAUGUGGGCAAUGGGUGCUAUCAUGGCAGAGCUCUUCAGUUUGCGACCGCUUUUCCCUGGUAGCAGUGAAGCAGAUGAGAUCCACAAAAUUUGUGGUGCUAUAGGAACUCCAACAGUGGACACAUGGGCUGAGGGUCUAAAACUUGCAGGCAGUAUAAACUACCAAUUCCCAAGGUUUCCUGGUGUGCACCUUUCUUCACUGAUACCUUCAGCCAGUGACGAUGCGAUUAAACUUAUCACUUCUCUGUGUAUGUGGGAUCCUCGCAAGAGGCCGACAGCUGCAGAGGCCCUUCAACAUCCUUUCUUCCAGAGCUGCUUCUAUGUUCCGCCAUCUCUCCGUCCGAAAUCUUCUAUUACUAGGACGCCUCCUUCUGCUGCAAUGAAGAGUUCCGUGGAGCAACAGUGCGCUAGAAGAUACUCUUCCACUUUGCCUAGUUCAAAGCUGAUUCCAAAUUGUGCUACUGUGAAGUUGCACGCUUCGUUGAGCCCUGGUGUCCAGCGGAAACUUGAUCUUGUUAAUCAGGAUGAGAACAAGGAUUCCAAAACAUUGAAGAGCGCAGACAGACAGCCAAAAUACCGUCCUCCUGCGAGGAAAAGCCCUACUUCGACGCUCAGGGGCAGAGUAGGUGCUGGUGCGAACUCGGAGUUGGCAGAUAAGUUUGGAAGCAUGAACAUGGGGGCUCGCAAGCAGACAAUUGGUCCAGGUAGCACCAAAGCACCUCCAAUGAAGACUGGUGGGCAGUGGAACGGAGGAAACAGUGACAUGUUUCUGCGAUCAGCAGCAAAACUCCAAUCUGGCAAAAGUAUGACGAGGAAAGUUGCUGGGUAACAAGUUGAUGACCAUGAAUAAUAAAAAUAUAUAUCUACGGUUUUGUUUCUUUGGAUGAGAUCUUUGUGGCUUACCUCAACUUUUGAACAAGGUGUGAAUUGUGUGUGUGUGGUGGAUGCGCUGGAACUUUGUUUGGCAGAACGACAAACACACAGCUAUGGCUUUGGCUAUCCUGUACCACUGUUCGUUCUGUCCGUUACAGUGAAUGAUAUGCCCUUUGUGUCUGGAAUAAUAAGAAUACAUUUCGGUUGUUUUUUUCUUUUGUUGGGCGAACACGGAUUUGUCUUGCGGGAUCUUAUGUGGCACAAGUGCUAGGUCAGUCGUUGGGUCGAUUUGGGACUGGUGCAUUGAUUGCUGGUUCUGUCGAUUGAGCCGACGAAGUGACAUCAAUUGGGAGGGUGAAAUGUCGACGGAUUUUCUCACGUUGGGUCCGCAAUGAUUAGAC